UUGGUGCUGUUACAAAACUAUCAAUCACUAAAUCAUACUGGAUUUAGAAAGAUACUGAAGAAGCACGAUAAGUUGCUGCGCAAUACCAGAGGCAAGCAGUGGUUCGAUUCUAAUGUAAACUCAAGUUUUUUCCAUACCAAUCGUGAGAUAAUGAAUCUAAUUCAUGAGACGGAGGAUGUGGUAACGAAACAUUUAGAAGGUGGCGAUCGUCAGCGUGCUAUGAAACGUUUACGUGUACCACCACUUGAAGAUAUAAAACAUCCAUGGACUUCCUUCCGUGUUGGUCUCUAUUUGGGCGCACUUGUUGUGCUACUUUCAGCGCUUGCCAUUUCACUGUUCAUGACGGAGCUGAGCGCAAAUGAUUGGGAUGCCUUAGUUCGACUCUUUCGCGCACCCUAUUCCGUUGCUAUUUACUUAGCGUUAAUUAGCAUCAACAUUCAUGGGUGGCGCAGGGCGGGUGUCAAUCAUGUGCUUAUUUUUGAAUUGGAUCCUCGACAAUAUCUGACAGCGGCACAUGUAAUGGAAAUGGCUGUCGCAUUGGCGGUAGUGGUUACGAUCACCUUACUUGCGUACAUACAUUUUAGUUACCUGAAAAUAUCGCGUUAUGUCUUCCCCUUGGCGUUGCUCAUAGCAAUGAUAACCUUCCUAGUGAAUCCAUUACCGAUUUGCAAUUAUGCUGCACGUAAAUGGUUACUCAAAGUUGCGGGUCGUGUCAUGGCAGCGCCAUUUUUCUAUGUUGGUUUUGCAGAUUUUUGGCUCGGCGAUCAGCUCAACUCACUCGCCUACUGUCUUGCUGAUUUUGCAUAUAUGAUUUAUUUCUACUGCACAAAUUUAAAUAUGGAUGACGCGCGCGAACCAAUUGCAUGUGUGAGGGGCAAUCAAGUACUUUUCUCAGUUGUUUUGGUGCUACCGGCUUGGUUUCGGUUCGCUCAGUGUUUGAGACGAUAUCGUGAUACGGGUUUGGUUUUCCCGUUCAUCGUGAAUGCGGGCAAGUACUCGAUGUCGUUUUUUGUAUCAUUGUUCGGUUUCCUCAUGGCCACCACGCGCUACUCUUAUGAAUAUUACUUUGAUAAUCCCUUUGUUUGGUUCUUCAUUGUCGCAAAUAUUGUGCAGACUGUUUACUGUCUUACUUGGGAUAUGAUUAUGGAUUUUGGUGUGUUCAAGAAGUUUAGCGGCGAAAAUAUAUUUCUGAGGGAUCAAUUACUCUAUCCGGCGAGCUUCUAUUACUUUGCAAUUGUUGAAAACUUUUUCUGUCGCAUAUUUUGGGCGCUUAAACUGUACAUAUACCAGCGAAACUAUGUGACGGUAUUCCAUUGCAAUACAAUCGCCAGCGCGCUGGAGAUGUUCAGACGCUAUAUUUGGAAUUAUUUUCGUUUGGAGAAUGAACAUCUAUUCAACGCAGGCAAAUUUCGUGCUGUGCGCGAUAUUUUUGUAGCACCAAUCGAUCCUGGCGAUGAGAUACUGUUGCAACGCAUGAUGGAUGAGGUAGAUGGCGCAAACAAUCGUUCGCCAAAUUCCAAUANUAAAUUUCGUGCUGUGCGCGAUAUUUUUGUAGCACCAAUCGAUCCUGGCGAUGAGAUACUGUUGCAACACAUGAUGGAUGAGGUAGAUGGCGCAAACAAUCGUUCGCCAAAUUCCAAUACGAAUGGAGAUGUUAUUGACAUGAAAGAGGACUAA